UCCAAUAGAUUUUCCCGUAUUUUCGUCGCCGUCCAGCGCAGUAGAGGAGGAGAAAUAGCGGACGGGUUUUUUCAGUGAUGUGUUUUCUAGUCAGCUGAACCUCGUGGACAGAAAACGUUCAUUUUAUUUUUAUUUUAACAGACUCCGCAUUUCGUUUGUGCUUGGAAAAACUGCAGAGUGGUAUUUGUGCUCGAAGAACUCGGUUCGAGAAAGAGGGAGGCGUGAAGGGAAAACUUUUUUUGUGCCAAGGUGAAGAAACCGAGGUUUGUUGUUGUGAACGCGUCCGUGUAAAGGCAGAAGUUGGGGAUGUCUCUCUCGGUACCUCAGAACGGUGUAAAGGGGGAUAACGAACCCGUCAUCGAGCUUUUUGUGAAGGCGGGCAGUGAUGGAGAGAGUAUCGGCAACUGUCCAUUUUCUCAGCGUCUCUUCAUGAUCCUGUGGCUGAAGGGAGUGGUCUUCAAUGUCACCACUGUGGACCUUAAGAGAAAACCAGCUGAUCUGCAGAAUCUGGCCCCAGGAACGCACCCUCCCUUUAUCACCUUUAAUGGAGAGGUCAAGACUGAUGUCAACAAGAUUGAAGAGUUCCUAGAGGAUGUCCUCUGCCCUCCAAAGUACUCUAAACUUAGUGCCAGACACCCAGAAUCCAACACUGCAGGGAUGGAUAUAUUUGCCAAGUUCUCUGCCUUCAUCAAGAAUUCCAAACCUGAUGCCAACGAGGGUUUGGAGAGGGGACUGCUGAAGACCUUGCAGAAGUUGGAUGAGUACCUGUGCUCUCCUCUGCCAGAUGAGAUCGACCACAACAGUAUGGAGGAAGUGAAGGCCUCCACACGCGGUUUCCUGGAUGGUGAAGAGAUGACCCUGGCUGACUGCAACCUGCUGCCCAAACUCCACAUUGUUAAGGUAGUGACAAAGAAGUACAGAGGCUUUGAGAUCCCUAAAGACAUGACAGGCAUCUGGAGGUACCUGAACAAUGCCUACAAGCGUGAGGAGUUCACCAACACGUGUGCCAGCGACAAGGAGAUUGAGAUCGCCUACGCUGAUGUAGCAAAGCGGCUUGUCAAAUAAUGGCUCAAUCUCCUCCACUCCCUGCGCUGGGACUGUUUAUUUUCAUCACAUGAGAAAGAAAAAAAAAACAAGAUAUGGACUCCUUUUUUUCCUUCUCUUUUAUUUUUAUUAAAUACCCCAAUGCAUGCCCCCCCCCCCCAUUACAGCUCUUCAGGACAUAUCAGUCAUUUUCAGUGUGGCCAAAAGGCUGUUUUCACACUUUUUUUUUUUUUUCAUUCUAGUUAAAGCAGGAGGUGCCAGACACUGUCAGUGUAUCGAUGGCUAAUAGUGUGUGAGCAUGUGACUCACGCAUCUAUAUUCCUCUCACCCACACUAUGUAGCAAUAAGAGUGGGUUCACCAGCUUUUUGUUUUAUUAUGGAUUUAAAAUAUGAAAGACGCUUCUUCUAAGCUUGCAAAGCCAACAGCUAUGAGGUUUUUUUUUUUCGUUAUUGUUUAAAUGCAUUUGAACAGUGUUGAAAGCUCCAGUGUUUAUUUUCAGUGAGUUUUAGAGAGUGAAGCACUUUGAACACACAACGUCUCAAAAGACCCUUUAUCGAAGUUUGAAAUGAAGUGUAUAUUGACUUGCAUUGAUAUCAGAAGGCUGACACUUAAAUAUGAAGUUCAUAUCAUACACAUUAGUCAUCAGUUGCUUGCAAAAUGGCACAUUAUAUAUCGUGUCAGUUUGCAACACCUGUGUGGCCUUUUGAUGAAGGAAAGACUUCUUAAAAAGCAACUUUAGAUACAUGAAGAGAUUCUAUAGAUCUGCCUUAUUCACUCUAGAUUCAUUAUUUUACAUCAAGAGUGCUGCACCAUCAUAACUGCGUUCCAUGGCAUGAAUCACCUGUGUAUAGGACUACAUUCACCUGCACUUCACAUGAAGUAUCCUUAACAAUUUGAAUAGUACCAAAUGGGAUUUUCUAUCUGUCUUUCUUUUUAAAUAAAUGGUUUAAAUGAACAAAGAGCUUCUCAUUUAAAUAAGUUGAAUUGUUUUUAAGAUGUGGUGCUAUCAAAAGAAGGAUGACUAUUUAGACCUUACCGAGAUAGCCUUACCAAGAUAGUCUACCAUUUUUGAUGAAAGACUCGGAGUAAAAUACUGAAUUUUAUGUUGAAACCGCAUUGAAUGAAAGCUUGUAGUUUCUGAUUUGGAAAAAUAUUUUAAUGACAGUGAUAAAUGAAAGAAACUGGUUGCCAUAUGUUUUUUCCAAUUCUUUUUGUGAUUGAGAAUUUUAAAUACUGUUUUUGGUUCUCAGAAAUGAACAUGCAAAUUAUAUACAUUCAUUAACUGAAUGUAGAAGAAUGACACUGACUUGUAAUGAGUGACACGCUUGGCCUUACACAUUUUCCCAAGGUAGCAAAAAUUAAAUGUUAAGCUUUGAGUUAACACUCAAAUAGAAUAUAGAAGCCAUUAAAAUAGACAAAAUGAGAGUAAAAUGAACUGACACCUAUAUCUGUGCUGUCGGAAAUGAGUGAGCAGCUGCCCUGUGGGAACAGAAAACUUGAAUGUGUUUGCGUAGGGGCUUGUUUUCUUUUUUCCUCUCCUGUUAAGCUGAUCCAUUAAUGGAGUGGAUGGUUGAGUGAAAAUGUUGGGAUAAUUAUGUUUUAGUUUUUUUGUGUGCGAUUCAGUUCACAGACUAGACCAUCAUUGGCGCACUAUUAGGAAGUUGGGCGAAGGCCACUUUUUUUAAUUUCGGUUUUGUGCUUUUAAAGGGAUCAUCAGUGUGCCUUUUUUUGAGAGAGAGAUGCUCCCUCCAUACUAUUCAGCCCUUAAUCGUUUUUUUGAGAAACUGAAUGUUAAAGUGUUGCUGUUUGUAGGUUUCUGAUUGGACCGGUGUUUGUGCACGCAAGGAACAGGCUUGACAUUAACUAUAAAAACACUGCAUGUUUGCCAUAUUCCAUCACACUCUCAUUAAAUAAACUGCUGGUAGCUAUGAC